AUGGAUGGCCGUCUGCUCCGGUCAGGAACCGAAGACCGGAGGACCGUGUCGCAAAGCGUGAUUCCCCAUCUUCGAGUCACUCUUUUCGAUGUACAUCACCAAGUGUAUCGUGGCAUCACUUGGGAGCCAAACGGCGGUAAGACGGAGACCCCGCGCAGUGGAUUUUGUGUACAGGCUUAAAUGUAACCGCGAUUCCAUGAAUAUUCCCGCAGGCGACAGAGUCUUCCAGCUCUGUGUUCUGCUACUUUGUCAAGUUAGCACAACAGACUCCCAGGUUUUCCGCCACCAAGAAAAUCCCUCCCGCCAUUGUCCAUACGGAAAGGGCACAGGGCGUAGCACAAGCUACAAUCACCAACAGGGCCUAGGUAUAGAGGUCGCGUGGCGUCUCCUCCUGGUUCCUGGUGCUUUUUUUUUGUAUUUUCUCAGAUAGUGACAGAGCACCGUACUCUCCGAAGUAUCACUCUAUUCCUAACAUCUCUUGGCUUCCUCACGUCUCUGAGGCCCCUGUCCACUGGAUGAGCGAGUGGAAGGUGAGACAAGUAAGAUCAGGGAAGCGACAAUGCAAAGUAAAGUGAAGCCAGCCUUGACCAAAGCAAGCGCAAAAGAAGAUGCAG